GGAAGUUAUAAAUCAUAGGGGAACUUACUGAAUUGUGUUGGCAAAAACAUGACCUAAAAACAAGUCAUUUGACGUUUUCAGUAAAAUUCCUAACCAACUCUAAUUUAACACUAAUCCAAUUCAGUAGUAAUUUCUUCAAAAUUAUUAAUGAAACAUUAAAUCAAACUCUAAUGCAGAAGGUCGGACGUCCACCAACUGCACCACUUGGCACGUCAAAUAUGUUUAUGUUCAUGAUUACACCAACAUAAAUAAGAUUGUUGCACCAAUAAAUAUAAACACUUAUUUUUAGUAUGUAGUCAAAAAGUAAUGUUAGGAGUGUGAACUAUUAACGUGAUGGGUGUUUGUUGCUGCAAGCCAAAGAAUGAAGAACAGGAUAGUUAUACACAACAGAUAGCACCUAUUCCUAACGUAACUGUCCAUACAACUGUGCUUCGACCACCUCCAUCUUUCCAAUGUAUUUAUAAACCACCUGAUCCGGAUUAUGUUGACAGGCUUGUUUUAGAGACUCUGGGGGUGAUUGCCACUUUAGUUGACAAUGAGCAGGAGCCGCCCAGCUCUAUGGUGUCCCUCCACAACAUCGCGGACAACGAGGACGGCUGGAUCCAGGUGGUGAAUUCCAUGAUCGACGUGAUACCGCUCGGCGAUGCCCUCGGACCGUCGGUCAUCACCCUGCUACUGGACGACUGUCCUCUUCCGUCCAAAGAGUCCGUGUACAUGGUGGUGGGCAAUCUGCAACUGUCCAAAGAAACGGCCAUCGCCGGCAGACAAAAUUCGACGCGGCAGCGUAACAUUUGCGUUGUCUUAGGCUGUAUCGCUGAAAAACUGGCCGGUCCCCGGAAUUUGGACAUCCUGACGGACGCCACGAUUGAAUAUCUGCUUACAAACUUGGACCCAGAAACGGAUCCGAAUGUUAUACUAUUUUCCUUGAUAGCCUUAGAAAAGUUCGCACAAACUAGUCUAAAUAAAAUUACGAUACUAAAGAAACUGGAGACUGUAAAACCGUGUCCUAUAUCAGCUUUAGAAACCUGGAAGGAAGAGGAGCACUACGUUAAAAGACAGGUGGGAUUCUGUGCUCAGUGGAUCUUAGACAAUCUUUUUGUAGUCACCGACCGAAAGUAUUCCUAUUUACAAGUGAACAUGGAACAAAUCAACGCGAUGCUCAAUACUGGGGACGUCAGCGAAUAUCUGAAGAUAUCUCCAGACGGUUUGGAGGCGAGGUGUGACGCAUACUCCUUCGAGAGUGUCCGAUGUACGGCGCAAGCAGACACGGGAGUUUGGUAUUAUGAAGUUCUUAUCAUAACGCCAGGAGUGAUGCAAAUUGGAUGGGCAACGAAGAAUAGUAAUUUCCUUAAUCAUGAGGGUUAUGGCAUUGGAGAUGACCAGUAUUCACUAGCGUACGAUGGCUGUCGGAAGUUAAUUUGGCACAACGCCAGGUCGGAACCCCAAGAGCUGCCCCGUUGGGAGUCUGGCGACGUUUUAGGUUGUUUAAUAGACUUAGAUCUUCAACAAAUAAUAUUUUCAGUAAACGGAACGAGUUUACCACCAAAUACAGAUGUGUUCAAUCAUGCCAAGUCUGGCUUUUUCGCUGCGGCAAGUUUUAUGUCGUUUCAACAGUGCAGAUUCAAUUUCGGUGCGGAACCAUUUAAAUUCGCACCGAAGAGAAUUUAUUCGACGUUCAACGAGUGCGGUUUUCUGAGGCCGGAGGACAAGAUCGUCCUGCCCCGGCACAUAUUCCUGAAUCAGCUGCGACAACAGAAAAUCGGCGAGGACAGUUGUACGCUAUGUUACGACCAGAAGGCUUCUAUCCGACUGUUACCUUGUGAACAUUCGGGUUUCUGUGAAUCAUGUGCAAAUCAAUUGUUAGAGUGUCCGAUGUGCAGAGCUCCGUUCCACAUGGAGAAAAUUGCGGAGCUAACAUCUUGACGAACAGUGAGCUUUAUGAAAGACCUGGUUCGCAUUAAUAGUUUUUUAUACGAAUUCCUCGUUAGAUGUUGAAAACGGGUCACUUUAUAACAUUAGGGGUACAAAAAAAAAUAUAAAUUAUCAAUUAAACAGCUUUAUUAUCAUUCCCAGUUUGUGACUUCACCUUUAAUUGUAAAUAUUGUUGAACUUUUUUAAAUAAGAUAUUGCGUCAAUGUUUAACUUUUUACGCUUAAUAAUAUCAAACUUGUGCAUUUGUUUUUGUUACUUAAUUUAGUUCAUUAUCAAAAUAUAUUCAUUUACAUAGUCUGUUUUUUUAUUGCUUAGUAGAUACAACAUGUGCAGUGAUAAUCAUUAAACAAUAUUUUUUUAGAAUCUGUAUCAAUUUUGUUUUCUUUUUUAAGACUAUUUUAUAUGUACUCCAGUUUGUUUUUAGAAACAUAUUUAUAUUAUAAUUGUAUUUACUGAAGUAAUUAAUAUUGUGUUUUUUUUUUUUGGUCUAAGUGUACUGUGCCAAAAUUUCUUUAUUCUUCAUUAUUUUGAUUAUAUCAUAAUUGAGACUUUGAUUAAUAAAAGAAAUUACAUUUUUCAAUAAAUAUUCACUAUAAUUACUUAAUAAAAUCUAUGCUUUUUUACUUAGAAGAAAGAAGAGCUGUAACUAGAUUAUAAAUAUAAAUAAUGUUUCAACUGUUUAAACCUGUAUAUAUUUUACAAGGGAUGUUUAAGGUUACAUUUCCAUUCAUUGAACUUUUGUGCCCUUUUGAAUCCUCAUCAGAUUUUAUCCAAUAUGUAAUUCAAUAGAUAAUCCAACUUUUUUAUAUGUUUAGUCAUGUUAGUUUUAUUUAUUUUAUACAUAUUAAUAGUUUAAAUUUAAUUUAGUUAAUAUGUGCUAUUUAGUUUUUGAAUAUAUUAUAAAUAUAUGUAUAUAAUGGUCCAAGGCUUAAAUCAUUCAGGUUGUAAUAUAUUACGAAAAUUAUUGUAUUAUUGCAGAUGUAUAUUUUUUGCAUAGGAAUAUAAAAAUGUUGUUUUAUUUGUAAGUAUUUUCAAAUAUAUUUUAAUGUUAUGACA